CUCCCCGCAAAAUCACAAUCUGAAUGAUUUUGGGGAAACUUAUGAAAAUCAGUGUCACUUUUAUUUCUAAGGAAAGUGUUUAGUGAUGUUUUUCUAAUAAAUUGAAAGCUGUUUAAUAAAUUAAUUUAUGUGAUAGGUAGCUUUUAAAAACUUUGGGAUCCACUCUUCAACUCGCCCGGCUCGGGUAUUACAAACUGGCGGCGGCAGCGCAGGUCGACGAGCAGCGCACGCGCAACGGAGUGCAUCUGCCGCACUCUAAAGAUAUUAGGAGCAAAUCGGUGACAAUGGAUGCUGACAGCUUGGUGCUAUGGCGGCGGCCGCUCACGACGCUGGACUAUUUCCUUAGGGAACUAUUCAUAUUGAUCUCAACAGGAUUACAAAGAUUAUUAGCUUACAAGUUACUAGCGUUAGCUGUAGUAUCGUUAGCGCUUGGGAUAGCUGUGUCAUAUUAUAUUAGCGGUCCCCAUCAAGUGUAUGUACAGCUCGUAAUAUCGACGUUGGCGUGGUGGGGGUGGUGGAUAGUGUUGGGCGUGUGCAGUUCCGUGGGUCUGGGCACUGGUCUGCACACGUUCCUGUUGUACUUGGGACCUCAUAUCGCGCGCGUCACUCUGGCCGCUUACGAGUGUGGCGGGCUCAACUUUCCUGAACCACCGUAUCCGAAUGACAUCAUCUGCCCCACGGAGAUAGACCCCAACAACGCGGUGUCGAUAUGGAACAUUAUGUCCAAGGUCCGGGUGGAAUCUAUGAUGUGGGGUAUAGGCACGGCUUUGGGAGAAUUACCCCCCUACUUUAUGGCCAGAGCGGCGAGGUUAUCAGGGGGAGGAGUGGCCGAGUUGUCUGUCAAUGAUGACACGAAAACUGGCAGGGCGAAAGUGAUGGUACAGAAACUGGUACAACGCGUCGGUUUCGCCGGCAUAUUAGCUUGUGCGUCUAUUCCUAACCCACUAUUCGACUUGGCCGGUUUGACUUGCGGCCAUUUCUUGGUGCCAUUCUGGACUUUCUUCGGCGCCACCGUACUAGGCAAAGCCGUAAUCAAAAUGCACAUACAGAAGGUGUUCGUUAUCGUCGCCUUCAAUGAGACUUUAGUUGGACAAGCUCUCUCAUGGGUCGAGAGGAUACCAUACAUCGGGCCAAAACUAGAAGCACCAUUAUUAGAAUUUCUACGAAACCAAAAAGCUCGUUUACACAAAAACGAUGCCAAAGCACUUCCCGAGAACCAAGGGUCUGUGCUGUCUAGUCUAUUGGAGAAGUUCGUGUUGGCUAUGGUCGUUUACUUCGUGGUUUCAAUAGUGAAUGCGCUCGCGCAGAAUUAUAGCAAACGCGUCGGUAAGAAGAAGGGCAAGAAGAGGGAAUAGGGUUUGAGGACGCCGGGCGACGCGAUUGGUGGACUCGCACGGCGACGAAAUGCAACGGAACGAGUGCGUCGACGUCGGUAGUACCCACACUGCGGAACGGGAUCUUUCGAUAGCGGAACGGUCUCAUGAAACUUGUGUUAGCACUCUUUUAAUGGAACACUUUUAAACUGGAUAACUAUAUAAUUCUCAUUCAACAACAUACGCUACGUCCCUGAAAUUUAAAAUCCUUUUAACAUGUAACUACAUUUGUGUGGACUUAAUAUAAAUUUUGACUUUUACAACCCAUUUUUUAUUGUUUGUCAUAAUAAGCUA